AUGGGUCGCUUGUCAGAGUAUCAGGUCGUCGGUCGCAAGCUGCCGUCGGCAGAUGCUGCCGAGCCCAAGCUCUACCGCAUGCGCAUCUUCGCACCCAACGAGGUCGUUGCUCGUUCGCGAUUCUGGUACUACCUGAGAAAGUUGCGCAAGGUCAAGAAGACCGCCGGCGAGCUCGUGGCAAUCAACAAAAUCUCUGAGAAGAGACCGCUGAAGGUGAAAAACUUCGGCAUCUGGAUUCGAUACGACUCUCGCUCUGGCACCCACAACAUGUACAGAGAAUAUCGAGAACUCACCCGUGCCGAUGCCGUCCAUACUUGCUACCAAGACAUGGCUGCCCGUCAUCGCGCCAGAUUCAGCUCAAUCCAGAUUCUCCGUGUUGCCGAGCUCAAGAGCACGAGCGAUGUUCGACGUGCGCACCUCAAGCAGCUACUGACGCCCAAGCUGCGCUUCCCGCUGCCUCAUCGCGUCACCAAGACUCGCGGUACCUUUUCGGCCACCCGCCCGUCAACAUUCUACUAG